ACCUGACAUCUGUAGUUGAUUUAACGCUUCAAUAUGAAGGAGUAUUACAUGUUUGUGUACAGAUUGUGACUCUUCUUUUACCAUUUUCAUUUACCAUCAUACAACAACUAGACAUGAACAUGAAUUACUCACUGGGAUUCAGUCACUUUUGCGUGAAAUAUGAUCAAGACUUCUUAACAGCGAUUGAGAAGGAGUUCAAAGAUGAAUAUAACAAGUAUAAAGACUUCUUUGUUAAGUACCAUCACGAAAAUCCUGCAAUAACCACUGAUUGUUAUAAAGAAUAUCUUCAAACAGUUAGCAAGCAAGAGGCAGUUAGAGUGUUAUUAGUUAAGGCAGAGCUGAAUCAUAGUAGAGCUAAGGUAUACGUAAACUCAUUUCAUGGAAGACAAGAAACAGUAUGGGUUAAUAAAGAGGAUAGUUGA